GCAACGUCGCUCCAGUCUGCUUUGCAAACCCAGGCUGGCGAGAUGCGCGGGCGCUGCUAGGCGCUGGCACGGGCGGGCCGCCAUCGCCGCCACCGCCUGAGGCUAACAGCCAUGUCGACACUGCUGGAGAUAAAAAGCAGCAUGCUGAGGCAGGUGCAGAAUCGACAGUCCUUUCAUCAUAAAACCACAGUGGCAACAGCCAGCGACUCUGCACAGGAGAUCAGUGAAAUGACAAGUGCUGUCAGGAAGGAUACAGAAGAUGACGAUUUUUUUGAAAGACUGAAAAGAGUCCUGAAAAAAGAAUCUAGGCUGCAUUCUGGACAAUUUGAGGGUGUUUUGAACAGCAGCACUCCACCUCCUCCUGAGACUGUUAGACAAAGUCAUGCCAUGGAGGAGAUGAAGCCAACAAAGGAGGAGGUAGAAAUGCUGUACGAAGAAGCUUUAUACACUGUGGUUUAUAGAUCAGGAGUAGUAUCAUCAGAACAUACUGCCAAUGAAGAUAAACUCUUUGAGUAUCUGCAAAAGGUCUUUGGAGUGAGUGUGAAUGAGCAUGAGGUUAUUCUGCAGCGGAUCAGGGAGGCAAAGGGUCCGGGUUAUGCUUUAAAAGUUACAGUUGUGGAAGCAAAGAAUCUUCUAGCCAAAGAUAGCAAUGGUUUCAGUGAUCCUUAUUGCAUGCUAGGAAUCCUGAUAGGACAACAGUACACAAAAGAACCAGAAGAAAAGAAAGAAAGAAAAUUUAGUUUCAGAAGAAAAAAGGAGAAGAUGGAAAAGUGGUCUAGUGUAAAAGAUGCACUCCCAGCAAAGUAUAUCCAAGUCACAAAAGUCAAGAACAAUACCCUAAACCCAGUUUGGAAUGAGAACUUUCUUUUUGAAAUAGACAACACUUCCAUGGACCAGCUGCACCUGGAUAUCUGGGACCAUGAUGAUGAUGUAUCAGUAGCAGAAGCUUGUAAGAAACUGAAUGAAGUAUCUGGCUUUAAGGGAAUGGGCAGGUAUUUUAAACAGAUUGUGAAAUCAGCCAGGGCUAAUGGAACAGCUGGAGCUUCUGAGGACAAUGCAGAUGACUUCCUGGGCUGCCUUAACAUCUCUGUUAAUGGGAUUCCUGUUGGUGGUCUAGAUAAAUGGUUUAAAUUGGAACCAAGAUCUAGUUCAUCUCGAGUGCAAGGAGAUUGUCACCUCAUUCUCAAACUGGUUAUAACUCAGAGAGAUACAUUAUUAUGCAAGAGGACAUCAAGCUUAAUAAUGCAUGAAAUGCUACUGAGACAGCUGCUGCAAUAUGAGCAUCGACAGAGAGAGCCUGAUUAUUACAACUGGAAAGGAGAAGUGAGCAAAUUUGCUUUUACUGUGAUUUCUCACCAUCGAACACAGACAGACCUUUCACCUUUUCAGAAUGCUGUGGUGCAAUGGCAGACAUGUAGCAAACUCCAUCAGAAAUGGAACAUGGACUAUUCUUACCUUCUGGAGCUCUUAAAACACAUUGAGGAACAAUGGGAUCCUGCUGUUCUUCAGAGAGAGCAGGAGGAGAACUUGGCUGAAAGUUUUAAUAGCUUUGCUGAACACUGUCUCUUGCAGUUGAGGAAAUUAAGGGAGAUAUUCCCUGUUGCUAACAGCAUUGCCAUUGGGCGUUUGGAAUUCUUAUUGAGGUGUCUCAGUCAGAUCUAUAGCAUGCAGCCUUUCCAAAGUGUUUGCCCCUUUCAUAAUGAGCUUCAUGUAGAAAUUGCAACUGCUUUAAAGAAAGGUACGCUGGAAUGGUAUGAGGAAAUGCAGAUCAAGGAAAGACUCAAGAGAAAGAGUGAGACUGAGCACCUUCAUAGCCUAAUAAAACUAGUGGAUGCAGUUCACAGAGAUCUACAAAUGAGCCAAAGUGUCUAUAAUAAACUGUUUGUCAGUAUUGUGAAGGUAGACUUGUUUCCUAUUUCCUAUUGGCAGCUAGACAAAUUGGUAGCUGAUGAUGUCAGUGUUGCUAUGGAAGAAGUAAAUGUGAAGCUGGAACAGGAGGAUUGCAAACUGAAACCUUACAUUGGAGAACUCAUAUUUGAACUUCAUAUCACCUUGAAUGAAAUAAAACGUUUUCAAGAAUGUCUCCCUUUGAAAGACAAUAAGUCUUUGACCCUAUCAGGAUUUCAUGAGUUGUUCAAAAUCCCAAUCCAUAUGUUGUUGAGGACAUUACAUGAAAAAACAUGUGAAAGAAUACAAAAGGCAGUGCAAAAAGACAAGCUGGAGUCUGUGGAUUCGGUUUCAAAGUACAGCAGCUCUGCAGUUGACGUAACAGUCUGUUUCUCGCUAAUGAAAGAGCUUUGGCUCCAGCUUUCCUGGCCUGAUGCCACAGAAGCCUUUACUUUUAUAACUCAACUUGUGGAUGAUAUCAGCAGGGCAGCUAUUCAAUACUCAGAACUGAUCAGACGAAAAGUUGAUAAAAGCCACCAUUCAGAAAGUGGAGUUAUGACUGAGCAGCUCUGCACAAUUUUGAAUAAUGUUGAACAUGUUCGGAAAUUCAUUGGGCAUAUCCUAAAGGAUUUAGAUUGGAAAUCUCUGGAAUCGGUGGUGGUGGAAUCCUGUAGCCCAGGACACAAACGAGUUCCCAAGACACUUGACGUUCAGUGGCAGGGUAUUGACGUAGAUCUGCAGAGACAGACUAAAAAUACAAUCGCCCACUUGACAGACAAGAUGAUAGGAGACAUUAAAAAGUACAUACAGCACAUAAGCCUUUCUCCAGACUCUAUACAAAAUGAUGAGGCUGUCUCCCCCCUAAUGAAAUAUCUUGAUGACAGAUUAAUAAUACUGAAUGACUCUUUAGUAAAGGAGAAUCUCUAUAGAGUUCUUGAGGAUCUCUGGGGUUUAUUGCUGAAGUUAAUAAUUGAUGCUCUGGAUAGUAAUAGAGAUGUUUCUGUGGAAUUCUUUGGAAGAUUUUAUUAUACACUUGAGGCUCUUGUUGGGUUAUUCCAUGCAGAAGGACAGGGGCUGCCUCUGGAAACUCUGUGGAAUAGAGAUUAUAAGGUACUGGAGGAAGAACUGCGAUUAAGUAAAUGCACCACAAAUGAACUUAUUGAACAUUAUUACCUGGAUAAGCAAAAAUGGAGAUCAACUGAUCAAAGCAAAUAUGGGCGAAUAAGUGUGAAAUGUUAUUAUGAAGCUUCUGAACAGAAACUCCACGUUGAAGUCUUGCAUGCUGCAGACCUCAUAGCAUUGGAUGCUAAUGGUCUCAGUGACCCUUUUGUCAUCAUUGAGCUUUGUCCUCACCAUGUUUUCCCAAUGGUAAAAAGCCAAAGAACACAAGUUAAGGCCAAAACUCUGAACCCUGUGUAUGACGAACUCUUCCAUUUUUCAGUUGCACAUAAACAGUGCAGGAGACGGGCAGCCUGCAUUCUGUUUACAGUGAUGGAUCAUGACUGGCUGUCAUCAAAUGAUUUUGCUGGAGAAGCUGUCAUGCCAAUGAAUCUGAUCUGUGGUUUGAAUGAACUUGAAGUAUCUGGUGGCUUGAAAAAUGUUCAGCCAACUGUUCUUAAACUGACAAGACCAAAAGCUAAUAAUGUUAAGUCAAUACUGAAGAUGCUGGAGGGACGGAUGGACAAGGAAGCACAAGAGUUUGUGAAAAGGCUGAAGGAAAUGGAAAAGUGCAUGGGAAGUGCCGACUGAGUUACGUUACAUAAGUCAUGGGCCCCUUGUACCAAAACACGUUCGUGAAAAACGUCAGAAGUAAACAAUCAUUUUUCAUUUGAUAUCCAGAGAUGUCAGUAAUGUCAAACCAAGACAUUCAGUGGCAGUCUUAUGUAAUUACUGUUUGUGAUGAUCUCAUGAUAGUUGUGACAAAUGUUUAAACAUUUAAUUGUUUCUGCUUUUAGACUGCCAAUGAUAGCAAAUUCCACUUAAUACACCAUUAGAGCUCCUAGGGGACAUUACGUAACACCCUUUCACAACCAGUGAAGGCUGUGAGUGAUGAUCUAAACAUGAGAAGGCGUCCACAGUUCCAAGGGUUAUGCUACAGAAUUACCUAGACCUAGCCAUUUGGUGCUUGAUGGCCACUAAGAUAAUGAUAAUCUAAUUCUCAAAACUGCUUUAUUGAUUUUAGGCAUCCAAUUUCAGAUGUCUUAGCAGGCCUAAUUUCAGAAAAUGCUAAGCACUCCUCCUUUGAAAAUGUUAAGGUCUCUUAGGUAUUUAAAACUGAAGUCAGGAAUGUUGUACGAUUCAAAAAAGAACAGGCUUCUGUCCGACUAAGUAUCUAUAGUUUGGGAAGGGUAUACAUAUUCAGUCUCUUGAUCUAGGAUACAAGCCAGUUGGGAUGACUUGUGGAGGAAUGUUAUCCUAUUUGUACCUACUAUCAGGAUGUUACCCUUUCUCUGCAGUUUGGUGCUGGACACACUUAGCAAAGAAAUUGGACUUAAGUGGAUCAUGGGCUUGAUCCACCCAGCAGUUCCUCUAUUUGUUAACUAUUUGCCCCUUAUGAAAAUUGGAACUCAAAAGGCUCCCUCCCCACCCCCAAUUUUAAAGCAUUUUUCCAAGACACUGCUGUGGAAAUCAGCAAGUAAAUAAAUACCUCAUCAGCUAUUGUGCAAACUCUUCCAAGAGCUUCAUCCGUGCUGCAGAUGCCAUCCACAAUGUUUUUGCAUAGCCAACUUCCUAAUCUGAGACUCAUGCCAGGAAAAGGUUUAAAAAAAUAUUGAGAUCAAAGGGAAUUUUCCAAAAUGGGGCUGAGCAUGAAGUUUGUUGCUCUGCAGUAAUUUCACUUUUGAAACUGUUAAGGUAGAUUCCUUACUCUUGAAGGUACAAUAGUUUUGAUUUUUGAGUAAAAUUUGAGAUCUGGAAUAAUAAUGGAAAAUAUCCAGACUACAAGCAGACAAACUAUGGGAUCAGUAAGAAAAUAAACAGCUUGAUCUCAGCAAUGAGUACCUCACAUAUAGGAAUGUUUUGUCUCAAGAUUUAUUGGCCCUAAAAAUGAGAUACUAGUUGAAGCAGAUGAUGUGGAGGUGAGUUCUCCCUAUAAAUUAUUCUUGUGGACUUUGUUCAUACGACUUCCUCCUUAGCUGUUAAAAUAACUUAGCAUCAUCUUUGAAAUUCUGAUCUUGUUUCACAUGGAAGUAGCUUCUUGCCAAAUCAUUUGAGCUACAGCUGCAACUUACUUGAUUCCAGGUGCUUUGUGAAGACUGGUUCUCUUGGGCAGUCUCCUUCUUUAGGAAAAUACUAUUUGCAUCACCCACUUGGGUUUCAGUUAGGAACCAGGAGUUCUUCCUCUGCUACCAGAGGCAGUUUCCUCCUAGAGCCUGGUGGUUGCCAGGUGCCUGAAGCACCUUGUAGUGGUCUGGACAGCAGCAAAGCUGCUCUUAUUUUAUGCUGGCAACUACCCUGGAGUCAAGACAGUGCUUGUAUCAUUGGAACAGACGUGUGGUUUGGGGCAUGUUUUGCCUCUGCCCUAACCUGUAGUAAGUGUGGCAGUCAGCUCACAGUCUGGGCCCUUAAAUGGCAAACUCCUUAUCUCCGUGGGGAAAAAAAAAGAGCUCUUAGUUUAGAGAAAAGAACAUUUAUAAUUUCCUGCUGAAAACACAUUUUGCUUUGCUCUGCUGUUUCUUCAAUAGUGCUUUAUAGUUCAGAAAGAGCAGGUACCCUUUUGGCAUUAUGUGAAAAAUAUCUUUAUUUGUAUUUUUGUAAUGUAGAAUUAGUUGUAAUGGUUAGUACAAUAUAGUAGUGCUUGUUACCUGGUCUCAGUCAAAUGUCAUACUGGCUUUUUCUUUAAGAAUUGUUUGAUUUUUUUUUUUCUCUCUAGUGACUGAGUUCAACUGGAACAUUUGAGUGCAGAGCUAAGUAACCCUAUAAUCAAGACAAGUUUUUGUUUUGGUGAUUCAAAAUUCUAGGGCAGGUGCUUUUUAAUAAAGUGAGUGUCUCUGACAAGCCUCUCCCCAUCAUGACUGCAGAAGGUUCCCGUGGUAGUUAGUGUUUUCAAGGAAAUAUGAAAGCAAAAGUAUACAUUUUAAGUCUUCAAUGCAAUAAAGCAGGGGUGUCUUGCUCAUCUAGCCCUAUGGGCUGGGUGAGUGACCUGGGUCUGGUUCACAGGCCAGAUGAAUAGUGUGGGACUGGCCCUGCAGGCCUCCUUUGCAUGGGCUGCAGGCGCUGGAUCUGGCACUUGCCCAGGCUGGUUUGGGACUGUGCUGCACAUGGUGCUGCUCUGGUCAGUCUAGGGCAGGAGCUCCAUGUGGCUUGCAUCCCAGACCAUCCUUACUAGGCGUCAUGGUCCUGGACUGCCUGGAGUGUGGGCUGCAGGUGCUAGAUCCAGCAUGUGGGGAAUGGGGGAACAUCUUGGACAGGCCCUUCACAGAUGCCACGUGCAGCACAGGUCCCAGAGUGAAAACUGUAUGUCUUAGACUGUCCAGGGUGGGCACUGGGUGUAGCUUGCAUCCAGGGCCUGUCUGACAUGCUGCAUGUGAAUCAACUCAAGGCUUGGGGGGUAGCACUGGGGACCAGAUGGUAGGACUCUGCAGCCCAUACCUUUGACACCCCUGAAGUACAGUAUCUGAAUAGAGCUUGUCACCAGCCACCCCCCUGGAGACCAAAGUUUAGAAACUUUUUGGCUACUAGAUGCCAUCAGCAUUUGGGAGAUGGGAUGGAGUGCAGCCUCAGCAAGUUUGCAGAUGACACCAAGCUGGAGGGUGGGGCUAGGAUUCAGAGAGACCUUGACAAAUUAGAAGACUGGACCAAAAGAAAUCUCAUGAGGUUCAAUAAGUGGUGCAAACUCAUGCAUUUAGGAUGGAGCAAUCCCAUGCUGAGGGAACUGGGCUUAUUUAGUUCUCAGUGGUGGCAGAUGACAGAACAAAAAGCAGUGAGCUCAAAUUGCAGGUUGAGGUUGGAUAUUAGGAAAAAACUCUCACAAGGAGGGUAGUAAAGCACUGGAACAGGCUACCCAGAGAGGUGGUGGAAUCUAUCCUUGGAGGUCUUCAAGACCUGGCUAGAGAAAGCCGUGGCUUGGAUGAGAUACUUGGGCCUGGUCCUGCUUUGGGCAGGGGAUUAGACUAGAUGUGACCUUCUGAGGUCCCUUCAACCUGAAUUUUCUGAUUCUGUGAUUGCAGUUUUGAAGAAAGGGGGUUAGGUAGAUACAAAUAGCUAAACAUUUGUAUGAGGGAACAGUUCAAAACCAUAAACUGGACAGCUCCGCUGCUCUGCUUGCAAAUGAAAUCCUCUUUGUCAUGCUUUUGCUGAUUAACUUAAUUCUGUGAGUAUGGUACAAAGUCUUGUUCAAUGUAAGUAUGGUACAAAGUCUUGUUCAAUUAAAAAAAAUUCAGUCCAACUUACAGCACAACAUA